CACACGUCCUACAUGUCCCCGUUGCGCCGUGCUGUGUCCCAGCAGGGUCGAUAUUGCAGCGGGGAGCGGUGAGGUCGUGUCACCAUCCCCAGGCCGUGGGCUGUGUGAGAGCGUGGACACUGCGGCCCUGUCACCCUGCUGGGAAUAUUGUCCCCGUGGACUUUGAGCACUUUGGGAGUGGCUGGCAGAGCCCCAUAUCGCUUCUACCCCAACUGCACCAGUGAGAAGCAGAGCAGUGCCACGACCCCACGGGGGCACCACAGCAGGGGAAAGCAAGGCACGGUGUUUUCAGAGCAGCUGUGCAGCCUGCAGAUCCCUUGGUCCUGGGGGGAAGAGGCUGGAAAACUCCAUUUUUGCUUCAAAGCAGCAGAGCUCAGAAGCAGGGUGUGGUUUUGCAAUGGUCUGUUCCAAUUCAUCCCAGCUCACCUGAGGACAUCAGAGUGAUCACAGCCUGGGAUGGGCAUGAGGACAGCAAUGGAUCUGAUGGGAUACUGACUGCAAACGGAGCUGAGGGAGCAGCUCACUCGUGACUCUGGUGGCUCAGCAGUGACCCGGCAGGACUGGAAGGACUGGGGGCCUGUGCUGGUGGUCUGGGACACAACAGGACCAGGUGGCGACAGAUCCCAAGGAGCAGACAGAGGGGUGCCCCUGCCUCACCCCCAUAUUAACACUGCAUCCAGCAUCUGUCCUGACUGUGUUAGCGCCUUGACAGUGGCACCGUGAUGUCUCAAGCAGAAGGUGAGGAGGAUUUUGAAUGCUGUGAUGUUGUCAUUAACAGCCAGGAUAAGGUUUCGGAUGUGUACAUACAGCUGGAGAAGCUCGGAGAGGGCAAGUUUGGGACAGUGUAUCGGCUGCAGGAGAAAACCACAGGCAAGAUCCGAGCUGGGAAGUUCUUCCGGACACGGACGGCCAAGGAGAAGCAGGCAGCUCGUGCUGAGGUGGAGCUGAUGAACCUGCUGCAUCACCCGCGCCUCGUGCAGUGCCUCGCUGCCUUCCAGGGCCCCACGGAGCUGGUGAUGGUCAUGGAGUAUGUGGCUGGUGGGGAACUCUUUGAGCGCAUUGUGGAUGAUGACUUCGAGCACACAGAGCCCAGCAGCACCCAGUACAUGCGGCAGAUCCUGGAGGGGCUGCAGUACAUGCACGGCCAGGCUGUUGUACACCUUGACCUCAAACCUGAGAACAUUGUCUGCGUCAGCCCAGGCAGCCACUGGCUCAAGAUCAUUGACUUUGGCCUGGCGCGGAAGUUGGCUCCGGACACCCCUGUGAAGGUGCUGCAUGGAACCCCUGAGUUCAUGGCUCCAGAAGUGGUCUCCUUUGAGCCUGUGGGGUUUGCUACAGACAUGUGGAGUGUUGGUGUCAUCUGCUAUAUCCUGCUGAGUGGGGAGUCCCCCUUCCAGGGAGACAAUGACAUGGAGACACUGAGCAAUAUCACAGCUGCCCAGUGGGAAUUUGAGGAGGAGAUAUUCUCAGACAUCUCCCAGCAGGCCAAGGACUUCAUCAGCCAACUGCUGCAGAAGGAUCCACGCUGCCGGCUUUCCAGCCCAGGGGCUCUCCAGCACCCCUGGCUACAGCAGCCCCUGCCCAGAAGCAUGAAGGCACUGCCAAAGGAGCGGAUCAAGCAGUUCCUGACCCGUCGGAAGUGGCAGAAAACAGGCAAAGCCCUGCUGGCCAUCAACAGGCUCACGCUGCUGUCCCAGAGCCAGGACAGGAGAGCAUCAGAGACUCAGGAUGAGGAAGACUCAUGUUGCAGCGCAGAGGAGGACCAAGCCUGUGGGGCUCUGCCCCAGAGAGAUCCCAGCUCCUCAGAGCCUCCCACAGGAGAAGAGGGCAAUGGCAGUAUGAAGGCUGCAGGCAAGGCUUAACACAGCCCUGCUGUGCUGCCCUGAGCCACAGAGGAGCUGGUGAAGGGAAAGAAGAGUCACCAGGACAAAGUCUUCUCCAGGCCUGCAGUUUGUACCAUGAACUCCCCAGCCUGUGGUAGGUGUCCCUGUGCUGGUGCGGGGACAGGUCUCUUGUCCCAGCAAAGAACUGGUGCUCCUGUCUGCAUGGCUGCCUGGACUGGAGCUGCAGCCUGGAUCUUCUUGCUGUGUGUGUAUUUUGUGAGCCCAAUAAAGCACUGAGGUCUCUUGC